AUGUUGCUCUUCGCCGCGAUCUGCGCCGCGUCGCACGUCACGGUGAGCGCCGAUGAGGCGUGUCGCGACGGGACUUGCGCGUCCAACCUGAACGAUCUCCGCAAGGUGCUGACGGUUUCCGAGGACGUGGCGGACUACGUUGUGCGCAUGCGUCGCGAGCUCCACCUGCAGCCGGAGCUGAUGUGGACGGAGACGAAGACGUCGGCGUUGGUGAAGCGCGAGCUGACGGCAUUUGGAGUGUCGUUCGAGGAGGUAUCGUCUCCCGGAGUGGUCGCGACGAUAGGGUCGGGCUCCGCCCCGGUGGUGGCUCUUCGCGCGGACCUGGACGCCCUGCCGGUGACGGAGGAGUCCGAUAUCCCCGCCGAGCGCAGGAGCCAGGUCCCGGGCAAGAUGCACGCGUGCGGCCACGACGGCCACACCGCGAUGCUGCUUGGAGCCGCAAAGGUGCUCAAGUCCGUCGAGGGCUCGCUCCGCGGCACGGUGCGCCUGGUGUUCCAGCCCGCGGAGGAGGGCGGCGCCGGCGCUCGCCGCAUGCUCGAGGAUGGCCUGCGCGCGAUGAAGCCGCCGAUCGAGUCGUCCUUCGCGCUCCACAACUGGCCGUACCCCGAGACCCCGAGUGGAACCGUGGGGACCCGCUCCGGCACAAUCAUGGCCGGCAGCGGCGCUUUCGAGAUAUACCUGCGGGGCGCGGGCGGUCACGCGGCUGUGCCCCACAAAAACGUCGACGUGGUGGUGUGCGGCGGCGCGGUGGUGAUGGCGAUGCAGACGAUCGUGUCGAGGCUGACCGACCCGCUCGACUCGGCGCUAGUAACGGUCACGGUGUUUGACGCGGGUGGGGACGCUGACAACGUGAUGGCCGACACCGCCAGGCUCAUGGGACAGUUCCACGCGGUGAACAAGCGAACGUUGGAGUGGAUCCACGGCGCAAUCGUGAAGGAGGCCACGGGUACCGCCAAGGCGCACGGGUGCGAGGCCGCCGUGACGUUCACGCCGGUGUUGCCCGACGGUAACGUCAGGGAGGAGUACCCUCCCACCGUUAACGACGUCAAGGCGGCCGCCCUGGCGUCCUCAGUCGCGACGGGCAUGUUCGGUGCCGAAGCCGUGCUGGACGUCGCGCCCGUCAUGCCCGCGGAGGACUUCUCGUUCUUCGCCGAGGAGUGGCCGUCCACGAUGAUGUGGCUCGGUGCGUACAACGUCACCGCGGGUGCGACGUGGCCGCUACACAGCGGUAGGUACGUGCUGGACGAGUCGGUGCUUUACAGGGGCGUGGCGAUGCACGUGGGAUACGCCACCGAGUUCAUAGCCAAGGGGUUCGAUGAGCGUUAG